CCUACUGUUCAUACUGAAAAAUAACAAGUCAGUGUCCUGGGCACCACUAGGCACUUUAUCCUUCAUGACCGAACAGCUAAAGCAAUUCUGGAUCAUACAAAACAGAUAAAGAACUGGGAUUUAUUAAUGUAUAGUCUGCUAUGAACUAAACUCCAAGGCUAUUUCGUCAACAAGAAAACAAAUGGAUUUUCGAAAGGUGCCGUCAUGUGCUGAAGUGAGCUCCUGGAGCCCUCUAGCCCUCGUUGAUUAUUUCAGAGUGUGCAACCUUAAGGAUUGUGAAAAGGUUGUUAAAAAGCAAGGAAUUGAUGGAAAAAGGUUUUUGGAAAUGUCUGAAAAUGACAUGCAGAAAUUCCCCAAAACAAGAGUACCAAUGCUGAUAAGAAUUCAACAAGAAAUUUUUAAAAAAGAAGAAAAGAGAGGAUUCUUCCCAUUAAGGACAGAAACACAGAAAGGUUACUCCUCUGGAAAAAUGCAAGUAGCGUAUCCUCCACCAAGUCAUGAUACAAGCAUGUCUGAAAGCUUUGAUGAAACAGACUCAGACUCAUUUGAGGAUGAUGACUAUGAGAAUCCAGAUCCAGAUGAGCAAAAUGAUGACUAUGAAUCCCCAGCUCCAGAUGAUGAAGAUAGUGGCAACAGUGAUGGUUAUGAACCACCCCCUUCCAAUAAUGAUAUUCUUCCAAUCAAUCCUCCUAAAAUAACUUCUUCCAACCCAGAUUACAUUGACAGACCAAUGGCAAGUAAUUCUGUUACACAUCCUCCAAAUCCUCCACAAAGACCUGCAAUUUGUACUCCAAGAAGCAACACAUUCCCAGGAGUCCAGCCAUCUUUGGGUCAAGACAGCCCUAGAUUAUCAAAGCCAAAAUUACUAGCUCCAAGUGUAGACAGAAAUACCAAGCCAAAUGUUGGAAAACUGCCUUCCACUUCAGGGAAACAUCUGACAAGCCACCCAAAGGCUGUCACACUACCUGCAAAUAUUAGGCCUGCAGGAAAGCCAGAGCAUUUGAGGAAACCUGCAUUGCCAGGUCAGUCUUCAGCCAGUAAGUCAAGUUAUUCAAGCCAUAUUCCAGAUGCUGACAUUGCCUCACCUGAAGAAAAUGCCCCAUGGAGAUUGCAUCCUCACCAUUCAAACACAUUUCCUUCAAUAUCCCCGAAACCCCUCAUCAGGAUUAUGGGGUCAGGAUCAAUCACUCUGCCUAAUACAGAUAUCUCCCACAGUGUCGGCCCACUACAAGCUUCUGGAUGCAUGCCAUUCCCUCCUUGUAAACCCGAUAAACGGUUUUCGGAGGGAUCACUGAAUGGUAGACCACCAGCAUCUAUUCCUAACAUACCAAAUACCUCAACGCCUGGAAAUGAUGAUAUCUUUUCAGAACAGUGGUAUUUGGGUAGCAUAUCAAGAAUGGAUGCAGAGCAUGCUUUAAGAUCUGUCAAUAAGGAUGGUACGUUCCUGGUGAGAAACUGUUCUCAAUCAACAUUAUCCCAACCAUAUGUUCUCAUGGUGUUGUAUAAAAAUAAGGUCUAUAAUGUACGAAUUCGCUAUGACCAGAAGAAUGAAGUAUAUCUCUUAGGAUCAGGGGGACAUGAGACAUUUGAAUCUGUGUCUGAAAUUAUUGACUACUUUCGCAAAACUCCUCUACUUCUUAUUGAUGGGAAAGACCGAGGUUCAAGACAACACUGCAAGCUUACAUGCAUUGCUGACCGGAGCUUUCUGUAAUGCUCGAAACCCUGUUGUUUGGCUUUUAUUAGCCGCAUUAUAAGAGUGGAUUCGAUGAACACUUGUGAAUAUGAUACAUUUUGUUGGAUACAUAAGUGUAUUGAAUGUUUCCAAAUAUUAUCAGUCACUAUUCACCAACUUAGAAUAUUUUUUUUCCAUUCAUUCUUUUGUGUACACCUAGCCAGCCCCUAUUUUAUGUAGACACAAUUUAUUUUCUUGUAUUUUAUUGUGUUUUUCUUCACCAUGUUUACAUCCAGUAACUCCAUUAAAAUAAUGCAUGGUCAGGUUAGUCUUAAAUAAAGACUGUUAGAGUUAGGUCAAGGGUUAAGAGCAUUUCUUGGCUUUUUGCCUUUUUUUUUUAUAACUUUAAACUGAAGUUGAGAAAAUAUCUGAAAGAGGACUCUUUUCCAAAGAAUUGAGCAGUUUGAAGAAGAAAAGCUUCAUGGCACCUGACCACACAGAACAGGAGAAUCUUAGGCAGAAUUAAAUGUCUAAUUUAUAUUUUUAUAAACACACAGUAACCGUUAAAAAAAAAAUAAUCAUGUUACUGUAAGUUACUCACUUGACCACUUUUGAUAUUAAAUCACUUGUAAAAAUAAAGAUUUAUUAUCUCCUGUUGUAUUAUUUGGCUGAUAAAGUAUCCAGAUACAUUUAUUAAUCAUUAUUACUACACACCAGUAUGUAACAGUUGAAAUACAACUGGUGACAAAGCUACUGCAUCAAAAUAGUUUCUAUAAUUGUUAUCUA